AUGACAACGUCGGAUCUCGAUCUUCUGCUCGAGAUGGGCUUUGAGCGGGCCCGUGCCGAGCUCGCUGUGAAGAAAACCGGAGGAUUGCAGCAGGCUCUGAACUGGCUUGAGGAGAACCAAGACAAGCCUUUGGAGGAGCUGCAGGCUGGCCAGGCUGGUCAGGCAGCCGCUGGCGAUGAUGAUGAGGAGCAGACUGGUCCAAAUAUCCCUACAGGCGAAAAUGCCAUGUCGCUCGUCUGCAACGAGUGCGGCAAGAAGUUUAGGACCCGCGAUCUGGCCAGCUUCCAUGCAUCCAAGACCGAUCACACAGACUUCUCAGAAUCAACCGAGGAGAUUGCCCCCCUGACUGAGGAGGAGAAGAAGGCCAAACUGGAAGAGCUCCGACAGAAACUCAAGGAGAAGCGGGCGAAUCAGGAGGCCCAAGCAAAGGAGGAAGCCAAACGGAACGAGCAAAUCCGCAUGAAGUCUACUAAGGAAUCCCAAGAUAUCAAGGAGGAGCUCCAGCGCAAGGAGCAAAUCAAGGAGGCGGCGAGGAAGCGCCAGGAGAAGCUCGCGGACCUGGAGGCGAAGAAGCGCAUCAAGGCCAAGAUCGAGGCCGACCGGGCGGAGCGCAAGCGCAAGGACGAAGAGGCCAAGGCUCUGCGAGAGGGCAGAGCGCCGCCCGCCCAAGCUGAACCGGCUCCCGCCGCCGCUCGGCCCACCCCUGCAGCAGCUUCGGCAUCUGGAUCGAACGCCGCUGUCGCACGCUUGAGGCUACAGACCAAGAAAGGAAACCUUGUCAAGUCGUUCCCCAGCGAGACAACGCUGUUUGAGGUUGCGCAGCAGAUCGAGGAGGAGGUUGGGGCACCGGUCCAGAAGUUCUCAAUGACAUUUCCCAAGAAGACGUUUGAGGCUGGCAUCGACUUUGGGCAGACUCUGGCAGAAGCUGGACUGGCUCCUAGCGCGGUAUUGAUAGUGAACUAG